CAAACGUAUACUGACCUGGAAGAUGGCAGCCUGGAGCUGAAGAAAGGAGAUCCUUUGUAAACAAGAAUCGCUGAUAGAAGAUGACAAAGUGGGAGACCAUCUUUGCUCAAAACCGUGUUAUACCACAGCACAUACAGAGAUGGAAGCACGGCUCAGGGGACACGGUUGGCUACCAAAUUGUCCUUGGCACCCUAGAUGGAAUCUCUAGUAGACAGGCGGCUUCAGAUGAAACCUCAGAGGCACAAUAUCAGCUGCGCCUUUCCUUCUUUGAUAUCACCUACCACCAUUUCUUUGGAAGAACUUGGAAAAGUUUCAUAAAACCAAUGAAAACAGUCACGGGUCAAACGUCCAAAGUUUUCUUCAAUGAGAUUGUGUAUUUCCACACAUCACUGAAUGACUCUGGAAUUGUCGUCGUGGUGGAAGUCAUUUCCAUAACCAGAAGACGAGAUGGGAUGAAGCAGGAGUCAUCGUGCGGCUUCGGAUUAAUGCGCUUUUUUACCAGCCAAGCGGAGGAGGAACCAGGGAAUCAGCAGAGGAGGUUGACUCUUUACCACGGAUCACCUCGAGCAUUGUUACAUCCAGGUUUCAAAGACUUGGCUGAGUUGAACAGACAUAUGAUGUUGAUUGAGAAGAGCCACGUUCAGUACAGUGUGAGGACACACAGCGCUCUGAAAGAAGUUUCUCAUCUGCUCCCUCCCAACAUUCUUGUUUCUGGAUCGGAGAGAAUUCCUGGCCUCAUACAAGGGAGAGAUGAGACAGACUUUAUUCUGAAUUUUCAAGGUGACGCCUUAAGGAAGCCUCACUUGCAGAAGACAAUAACAUGGUACCUGGAUAGACUGUAUUUGUUGCUUUAUCCCUCUUUGGAGAAGUUUGAAGAAGAACUAUUGGCUCUGAUCAAUAAUGAUCGUUUCCUGAAGGGUCACUCAAUUGAUGGGACUGCUGUAGUAAUCCAAGAACGGAGGCUGCACUUCGGUGUCCAUAAUGGCUGGGGGUUUGUGCAGCAGCCACAAGUUGUAGUUGUGGUUCCGGAAGCGAGGAUAAUAAGAACACCGUCCACACUAAGCCUCAAGAAGAAGCCCAUCAGCAACCAAAGCUCCUCCACUCAAGCCCUGGCAUUAAGGAGUCGCAUACGUCUUCCGGAGAUGGUCAGUGACCCUGGAUUUUCCAUAGUCUUUCAGCUGGAAUAUGUCUUCUGCUUGCCUAAUGGAGUCAGCAGCCAGGUGCCUUCUGCUACAAUGCUGUCGAACGCCUCUUAUAUGCAUAUGAUUCGAUGGGCUUCCUGGAGCCCUCUUCUGAACUCUGGAUCCUCAGAAGUGACCUUAGCCUUACAAGGAGGACCUCGCCCUAAUCCCUGCAGCAACUUUGUAUAUAAAAUACCGCCAAAUAAUAUGAGCUCCGAUGAGGUGCAGCAGGUUGAAGCUGGGACUCUGCAUUUUAAUUUUGAUACUCGCUCUGAACAUCACAUGGGGGAUACGGCAGAAGCUGUGGAGAGUUUGCCCGAGGAGCUGCGUCAGUCGAAGAAAAAAGGAACCACGGCAAAUGCAAAGACUUUGGUUGCAAGCACUGCACUUCAAGAUGCUGAGCUGGGACCUGCGUUGUCCAUGUCCCAGCUGACCACAUCCUCCCGUUAUCCAACCAUAAGCCAUGUCCCCAGCCAGCUCAUGCCUUCACGUAUGGCCUAUCCGUUGUCUCAUGCAGAAGUCCCUUACGCCAGUGGAAUAACGCACCUUGAGGCAGAUCUGAGUAAAAGUAACCAAGAGCCCUCCAAUGCAGAACCUCUCCAGGAGCUUCUGUUUUCUCCUGUCCAUGCCCCGAUUGUUGCAAUGGGGACUCAGACUGGAAGCAGCACGUCCGUCCUGUCUCGGGCCGCCUUGGCACGUCUCCACUCAGCUGGAUUCCCUGAAAUUUUAGACUGCAAUAAUGAGGUAGCGGAAGUGGUGGAUCCAUCGAGUCCGGUGAACUUUAAUCCCCAGAGGGAAGAAGCCGAUUAUCUGCAGUGUAAUGAGAUCGUCCUGCAGUUCCUUGCCUUCAGCAGCGUCCAGGAAGAUUUUUCAGCCAUUUGGCCCCAAACCAUUUACUUCACCUUCCAGUUUUACCGCUUUCAGCCGGUGACAACCCCUCGUCUGCAGCUUGUCCAGAGUCAUUCCACUACCAAGUCACGUUCUGAGACACCAGCCCGUCUCUUAGUUCAAAUUAACAGAGAUGGCUCAUUAAACCCAGGGUCACCUGGAUAUCAGUUGAAAUACCCAGUAGAGCCUGGAUUCCUCAAGCCGGGAGAGCAAAGAUGGUUUCUACGUUAUUUGGCUCUUCAAACCCUUCAGGUUGACAUUUGGGAUGGGGAGUCCCUGCUUCUUAUUGGAUCUGCUGCUGUAGAGAUGAAGCAUUUACUACGCCAAGGUCGCACGGCUGUUCAGGUGUCUCACGAGCUGGAAGUCAUAACGACGGAAUAUGAGCAGGAGACAAUGGCGAUGAGCGGAGACGUCUCUAAGCAAGGAGCCGUCAAACCCAUAGGCGUUCAUACUGUCAUAAAAGGUCGGCUUCACCUGCGCAUGGGGAACGUUGGCCGUGUCUCUGACCAGAGAUUAAAGGUAUCGAACAAGCUCCCCGCUCCAAGGUCUCGGGUUAUCACCGCGCAUGAUGGACGAAGCAGCUUUCAUGGCGGAAGUUUGUUUUCAAGUCGAAUUGUGGGUAGGAAAAAUAUCUCCCAAGCACAGAAGUUGGCUGACCUAGACAGUGAGCUGGCAGCAAUGCUGUACAGCCGAAUGAAAGAGGUAAGCAUCGCGUACCAGCAACCAAACAGCGAGACGGAUGCCGCUCAGAGGCGUAAAAUGGAGAGGAUGAUGGCAGUCAGACAGCUCGAGUCACAAGAGGACCCUAAAACGAGAAAAUCUCUGCUACUGUCUCAACAUGAGCAGCGCACUCAGCACACUAGAGAUUUGCAGAUCAUUGAAGCAUACCGGGAACACACCAAAGCCGAAUGUAUCUCAAGUAUGCUGAAUCAGGCUAUUACCUCAAAUUACACUGUCUAUGCUACGCUGGGCACUGCAGAAUUCUUUGAAUUUCAACUUAAAAACCCUUAUAACAUCCAGUACACAGUAUCUAUUGAGAUUGAUCAUCCAGACCUCAGGGUGAUUGUGGAUACUCAGGAGUGGAGACAUUUUAAAGAGCUGACAAACACAACGACGCCAAUAGAGGAAAAUAUGUUUCAUGUUCAGCAGCAGAGCGAUACCUCCCAGCUAUACCUCCGACCCAAGGAGACCGUCUAUAUUCCAUUCAAAUACCAAACUUUCUGCAUGGAUCAAACCUCUUUAUUGCAGAUGCAGAGUCCUGAUGCCACCAGUUUAACAAAAGACUCAGACCGAUCAUCCCAGUACAAGACAAACACCAUGUCUUCUAAACGUAUUAAGGUUUCCUUUAAGGCAUCAGAUGGAAAACCAAUUGCCAUUCUUCAAGUGAGCGUGGAACCCCAGCCGCAUGUUGUUGACCAAACAUUUAGAUUUUAUCACCCAGAACUGACGUUCCUGAAGAAGUCCAUCCGGUUACCGCCAUGGUACACACUUCCAGGUGCCCCUGUUGGAAUGCCGGGAGGGGAACCAGAGCUCUACGUGCGGUGCAGUGACCCCAAUAUUAUUUGUGAUACCAAGAAACUGGGUCAUGGAGAACCUCAAGAUGUGUUCCUUAAAGUUGCGGCCGGACCCAGUCCACAGAUUAAAAGAUUCUUCAUUGCGCUCUAUACAGAUCGUUGGCUAGCUGCACCUAUUCAGAUCUGGCAGAUCUACAUCCAUUCCCUGAAAAGAGUGGACAUCAGUUGCAUCACUGGCCAGCUGACCCAAAUGUCCUUGGUCCUACGGGGAACACAAGUGGUGCGGAAAGUGAGAGCUUAUAGUUCCCAUUCACAAGAACUGCAGGUUGACCCAGAGAGUGUAUUUGUGCUGCCUCCAAAUGGAAUCCAGGAUCUGCAUAUAGCAGUGCGUCCUCAAAAGGCCGGAAGCAAAUUCAUCUAUCUCAAUUUGGUUGAUGUUGAUCAGCAUCAGCUUGUAGCCUCCUGGCUGGUCUGUGUACUAAGCCGGAACCCAAUCAUUUCUAAGGCUUUUGAAAUAACAGUGUCUACUGGAGAGAAGGGCUGUAACAAAAGGAUAACUUACACUAACCCCUAUCCAACCAGGAAAAGAUACUCACUCCAUACCAACAGGGCCGAUCUUCUGCAGUUCAAGGAGAACACCUUUGAGGUUGGCGCUGGUGAAACGUACACGAUUGGUUUGCGCUUUGCGCCUAGCGAGAGCAGCGGGCAGGAAGAGAUUCUCAUAUUUAUCAAUGACCACGAAGAUAAAAAUGAAGAGACGUUCUGUGUGAAGGUCAACUAUGAGCAAGCAAAAAAGAAAGGUUCUUUGAAGGUGUAGACUGAAGGGGUUAUCCAAGAGUCUAACAGACCUCCCAGAGUGGCCGACCCGCAGUGGAGAUCAUACUUACCUGGUUCCCACCACUGGGUUCGGUGUGUAACACUCCUGGAAAAGCUCUUCCUCUCCCUGCCAUACUGAGUCCAACAUCCAUCGAUGGGGGGACACUUGACCGCUGCAGCCAAUCACAGGCUGCAGUGGUGGCCUUUUCCCCUUGCGUCAUGACAAGUGGCCAUAUGACCAAGGGUAAAAACUGGAAAUUCAGCUUUUACCUGGAUUCUUGAUGGCUUAUGUCCCAACCACCAAAGUUUCACUUACCUCAUUGCUGAUACCCCUUUAUGCUCAAGCAGGUCUCUGUGCCCAGCAUUACUACCUUAUUGACAAUGUCCUCAAACACAGGAGUCUGUAUAGAAAUAACUCCUCCUGUUGGUUGCCACGCCUUAUUGCACUGUAUGCUGACACUGACCAGCAGGGGGAGAUAUUGUCUAUGCAAACUCCUGGGCAUCUUGAAAUAGGGUUGUAUCAGAUUAGAAAAAACACAGCUGCUUUCUUCCACAGGUUGUAUGUGAUAUUGCAGAUCAGUUCCAUUGCAGGGAAUUUGGCUACGUUGCAGUGCCACACAAAACCUGGGGACAGGUGUGGUGCUGUUUCUGGAAGAAAACAGCCAUGCUUUUAUAAUUCUGGAAAAUAAAUUUAAGGCCACACUCUUGGGAUAGUGAUUCCUGGAGCAAGCUUUGAAGCUCAGAUCUGUUGUAGGUUAGUGGGGGAUUUCAGAAUCUGUGAUGAUGAGGCAAGUUGAAACUUUGGGGACGGUUGCCCUAUGGUGAAUAACUUUGAGAAGUUUAACUGUACUCUGUUGAUUUUUAGGCGUAUAUGUGUUGUGUGGUUUUCAUUGCACUUUUGUUUCUUGCAAAUGAUUAAAAGUUUUAUAUUGUAUAAAUAUAUAUUUUUAUAAGAUUUAUUUAACUUUAUAAUUGUUGAAGUGCUCACU